CCGGCCCUCUCCGCCGCCGACUUCGGCGUCUACAACCGCAUGGCGGUGAAAAUGGACUACUACCACAACCACUUCCGCGCGACCUGGAACACGCUGCACGGCGCGUGCGUAGCCAACGCGCGGCCGGCGGGCAUGUCGAUGCGGCAAUUCAUCGCCACGGGCCUGGACUUCUGCGCCGUGCUGGAGAUGCACCACGGGAUCGAGGAGGCGCACAUCUUCCCCGUGCUGGCGCGCAAGAUGCCGCGGUUCCGCGACUCGACGGAGCUGCUGGGCCAGCACGCCGAGAUCCACGCGGGGCUGGAGCGGCUGAAGGCGUAUUUGGAGGGGUGUCGGCGCGGCGAGCGGGAGCUGAGGCUGGGCGAGGUGAGGGGCGUGCUGGAUGGGUUUGGGGUGGUGCUGUGGGCGCAUUUGGAGGAGGAGGUGCGGGAGUUGGGGGCGGAGAAUAUGAGGCGGUACUGGUCGCGGGAGGAGAUGGGGAGGAUGCCG